AUGACAGUCGGCAAGAAGCUGGCGCUGGCUGCGGUGCUGCUGUGUGCGCGGCGGCGGCCAUGGCGACGGCGCAGCAGGCGUCCGGCGUGCGCGCCACCUACAACUCUCUACAACCCGGCGCAGAACAACUGGAACCUAGCUGGGACGUACUGCGCCACGUGGGACGCCGGCCAGCCGCUGUCGUGGCGCAGCAAGUACGGCUGGACCGCCUUCUGCGGUCCUGCUGGCCCUACCGGCCAGGCCGCGUGCAGGCAGUGCCUCCUGGUGACGAACACGGCGACGGGGGGCAUCGCUGACGGUGAGGAUCGUGGACCAGUGCAGCAACGGCGGGCUGGACCUGGACUACGACACGGCGUUCAAGCCGCUCGACACCAACAGGGGCAGGCAUCCAGGCCAGCCACCUCACCGUCAACUACCAGUUCGUCAACUGCGGCGACAACUGAUGUCAUGAUUAUUCUUCGUACCCAUAUAUGUAUGUGA